AUGUUCAUGGCCUCCAGGAUCCAGACCCGCGCCUUCUCGGCGUCGGCAAGAAAUCUCUCCAAGGUCGCCGUUCUCGGUGCCGCCGGCGGCAUUGGCCAGCCGCUGUCUCUCCUGCUCAAGCUGAACCCCCGCGUCAGCGAACUCGCCCUCUACGACAUCCGCGGCGCGCCCGGCGUGGCCGCCGAUGUGUCGCACGUCAACACCAAGUCGACCGUCAAGGGCUACGAGCCGACGCCGAGCGGGCUGGCCAGCGCGCUCAAGGGCGCCGAGGUGGUGCUGAUCCCCGCGGGCGUGCCGCGCAAGCCGGGCAUGACGCGCGACGACCUGUUCAACACCAACGCGUCCAUCGUGCGCGACCUGGCCAAGGCGUGCGCCGAGUCGUGCCCGGACGCCAACAUCCUGGUCAUCAGCAACCCGGUCAACUCGACGGUGCCCAUCUGCGCCGAGGUGUUCAAGGCCCGUGGCGUCUACAACCCGCGCCGGCUGUUCGGCGUCACCACGCUCGACGUGGUGCGCGCCAGCCGCUUCGUCAGCGAGAUCAAGGGCACCGACCCGGCCGACGAGAACAUCACCGUGGUCGGCGGCCACAGCGGCGUGACCAUCGUGCCGCUCUUCAGCCAGAGCCGGCACCCGGAGCUGUCGUCCAACAGCGAGCUGAUCAACCGCGUGCAGUUCGGCGGCGACGAGGUCGUCAAGGCCAAAGACGGCGCCGGCUCGGCCACGCUGUCGAUGGCGAUGGCGGGCGCGCGCAUGGCCGAGUCGCUGCUGCGCGCCUCGCAGGGCGAGAAGGGCGUCAUCGAGCCGACCUUUGUCGACAGCCCGCUGUACAAGGACCAGGGCAUCGACUUCUUCAGCUCCAAGGUCGAGCUGGGCCCCAACGGCGUCGAGAAGGUGCUGCCCGUCGGCAAGGUCGACGCCGUCGAGGAGAAGCUGCUCGAGGCCUGCUUCACCGACCUCAAGAAGAACAUCCAGAAGGGCAAGGAGUUCGUUGCCAAGAACCCGGGCAACUAA